UAUAGAGGACUACACGUGUUGAACUAACCUCAAAAAAUAACAAACUUGAAGAUAAAAAUAUAUGUGUAUUGUUGGAAAAAAAAUUGCUUUUUAAUUUUUUUUAUAAAGAAAACAAGUAAAUUUAUUAUAUUUGUUAUAAAAAUGCCGAAAAUACGUACCGAAAAGAAAUCUCGUGUGCACAAGGAGGUUACAAGACAAGGUAUUCAAUUUAAUAAGGAUUUUGGUCAACAUAUUUUAAAAAAUCCACUUAUUAUACAAAACAUGGUUGAAAAAGCUGCUAUUAGACCAACUGAUGUUAUAUUAGAAAUUGGUCCUGGUACUGGAAAUAUGACUGUUAAAAUGUUAGAUAAAGCAAAAAAAGUAAUAGCAUGUGAAUUGGAUCCAAGAAUGGUUGCGGAAUUGCAAAAACGUGUUCAAGGAACACCUUAUCAAUCAAAAUUACAAAUAAUCGUGGGAAACGUAUUGAAAAUAGAUUUGCCAUUUUUUGAUUUGUGCAUUGCUAAUAUUCCUUAUCAAAUUUCAUCUCCAUUAGUUUUCAAAUUACUUUUGCAUCGACCUAUAUUUAGGUGUGCAAUACUUAUGUUUCAAAGAGAAUUUGCAGAACGUUUGGUUGCACAACCAGGUGACAAAUUAUAUUGUCGUCUCAGUAUUAAUACACAACUUUUAGCACGCGUAGAUAUGUUAAUGAAAGUUGGAAAGAAUAAUUUUAGACCACCACCAAAAGUAGAAUCUAAUGUAGUUAGAAUAGAACCACGAAAUCCACCACCACCGAUUAAUUAUACGGAAUGGGAUGGAUUAACAAGGAUUGCAUUUGUUAGAAAGAAUAAAACACUUGCUGCGGCAUUUAAACAAACAACUGUAACAACAAUGUUAGAAAAAAAUUAUAAAAUUCAUUGUAGCUUACACAAUAAGACUGUACCAGAAGAUUUUGAUAUAAAACAAAUAAUAAGUAGAAUAUUGGUAAAUGUUAAAGCAGAAGAAAAGCGAGCUAGGACUAUGGAUAUUGAUGAUUUUAUCAGUCUUUUACAUGCAUUCAAUGCUGAAGGAAUUCAUUUUACAUGAAUAAAAA